CAAAAUUGAAUUCAUAUAGUAUAUAAUGAAUGGGUAAUAAAGACUGGCAUAUCUUUCACAUUACUCACUACCUCUAUAAGUAAAGGCAACAAUGUCAACAGAGUUAUAGGACGACAAUUAUAACCUGAAUAUACCCUGAAUAUACGUAUAGCUAAAUCGAAAGGCUGGAUACUUCACAUCGUGCUUGCGCUUGGCACUGUUAGGUCUAUUACUGAAACAUGGCUGUUUUGUUUGACAAAUCAAGGCACUCCAUUGGAGUUCAGUUUAUAAAGGCAGGUUUACUCUGUGUUCUUCUAUAUGCCCAAACAACGAAUAGUGUAGUGUUUCUUGCGGCUGAGACACUAUUUGGAAAGCGAAAACAGUUAAAGUUUGAAUUCAUGAUACAGUACGGACCUCAGGCAGAACCUGUUGUUGGCAUAUUCCAUGUACCACCGAAUUUGGACGAUUUGUGGCUGAAAGAGAAUCCUGAUGUAUCCUUUAUAGACUUGGUAUCAGGCAGUCUGUAUAUCAGAGGUAAAAAAGUUGAAGGGGACCUACCUCGGAUCAAAACAGGAGCGAUUGUAACGGUAGAACUCAGCGUGACGUCUCCUUCUAUGUUGAAGGUACAAAAUCCUGGUGAAUCUUUUGUGAAGAGUUUCUUCGAUAUCCCUGAAAUAAACGAGACUGAUUUUGUCAAUGUGUUUGCUGGUGCACUACAAACUGGCCGAAAAGCUAUCCAGAUCGAUCUUACAAAUGAUGGAACAGCCGACCAAGUUCCUACAGCGGAAAACGAAAACGACAUUCAUGUAAAUUUCGAUAGGUACCAAGGAGUAAUUGAAGUUUCGAAAGAUGGAAAAUCCUUAUCAAGAAAUGCCACUCAACAAGGGAAUGGUUAUGCCCUUCUUAGCAAAUUACUAAAAAUUGGGAUUCACAAAAUCAAAUUCAGUAUUGAAUCAGAUUUCGGUGCAUCUCUCUGCAUAGGCGUGGCAAGGCAUCCUUUUCGGCUGUCUGACGAUUAUAUAAAAGAUGUGAUGAAGCAUAUUUAUCGUCAUCCCGGAUUAAUGUUGUGGAGGUCUUAUCGCGGUCUACUUUAUUGUGACGGAAAACAACUAGAAAAAUCGACUGGAGCAUUAGGAUGGCAGCACGGAGGCUCAAUCCUUAUUGAGCUUGUUGUGAACAUGGAAGAGCGUACUAUCGAAUUGUUGAAGGAUGACGUAUCCUUGGGUACCAUUUUCACAGAUAUACCAGAAGUGGUUCAGCCGGUAGUAUGCUUCUAUGCUUCAUAUGAAAAGGCUGUUAGACUAAUAUCGUACACAUCUUCUGUAAUAACACCCAAAAAAAUACCUUUCGCUCAGCAAAGUGUACCUUCGCCAAUACAUGAUAAAGUUCACUUUGAACCUCAAGGUAAAUCUGGGUUGAUAACCUUGUCAUCCGAUAGAAUGACAGUGUGCCGAGAGAAAAAUCAGGGAGGAAAUUCGCUGUGCUUAUUAAAUGUCGUAUGCGAAAAAAAUUGCCUGCACCGAUUUAGUUUCGUUAUCGAAAUGGACCAAGGAGCAAGUGUGUGUGUAGGAGUGACAAAUGUGCUAAAUUCAAAAAAUAUUCGAAUAAAUGGAAUAGGAAACAUCUUUUCUUCUCCAGAUAUUUACGUAUUCAGGUCAUUCCAAGGAAUGUUGUAUAAUAAGGGAAAUGAGCUUCCGAAGCAUUUGGAGGAGUUUUGGAUGACUGGCUCGUUACUGGAAAUGAUCAUUGAUGUUAAUGAGAGCCAAGCAACAAUACAGUAUGCAAUUAACGGCAACGAUCAAGGCAUUGCAUUUUCUGGUAUCUCUACUCCUAUUAAACCUUUGGUGGCUUUCUAUGCAGGCAUGGAAAAGAGAGUUACAUUGAUACAUUAUGAAGCAACACCAAGACUCGUACAGUCAGUUUCAACGGAACGGCACGACUCAGGAUAUGAAACAGGUAUUCCUAAUCGAUUCACAAGGCUUCAAUCAAUGGCUGUACAGCCAGAUGGAGAGUACAAAGAAUCAAAAAUUGACUAUAAAGCACUCGUUAUAGAUCCAAAAAUUAAAUGUCGAAACUGCCAAAACCCGGUGGAUUGCGUAGCUCUUCCUUGCGGGGAUAGAUUUCUGUGUGCAAAACAUUUGUGUGAAUGUGGGAGUUGUCCUUGCGGUGUACAUAACCAUAAACACUUUAAGAUGUGGAAUUUAUUUUGUUAGCUAGUGUUCGUUUGUGUUCCUCGACAUACUAUUAUUAUAGUACAGUCAUGUUAAUUAUAAUUAUAAGUCAUUAUAUAUAGUUGAAGUGUAACAAAAGUAAUUAUAAUGCAACAACUAACAAAAUAC